AUAUCAAAAAUUUAGCUAAGCGGCAUAAAAGAAAAUCAGCUGUUGCAUCGCAUAACCAGGGCUACAAAAAGAAUUCUAACACUAUCAUAAAUCACCUAUACACAGAACGUAAAGAAGAGGCAGCGUCUUUGCUUGUGCUGUUUGCUAUCUGCAAUAUAUUUUUCAUAAAUUACGGGAGAGCGAUGCAAAAAACCGGCUUAUAAUAACAAAAAGAUAUGACGGAUGCCAACGAGCCCGAGCCCGUGCUGCUCUCCAAGCACGCCAAGAACCUGCUGCGCUUCCUCCACUUGUUGCCAGCCCGCAUGUCCUCGCAUGAUAGUACGAGGAGCACCAUUGUGUUCUUUGCCAUAUGUGGACUGGAUGUGCUCAAUUCGCUGAACCUGGUGACGCCACAGAUGCGCGAGGACAUCAUCAACUGGACCUACGGUGGCUUGGUUGUGCCACGCGCCGAUGAAAAACAAUGCGGUGGCUUUAUGGGCUGUCGAGCAAUGCUGCCACAAACAGACGAUGCCAAGGUGCUGGAAUGCAUGCGACAGUAUCAAUGGGGUCAUCUGGCCAUGACCUACACGAGCAUCGCAGUGCUGGUGACACUGGGCGAUGAUUUGUCCCGUCUCGACCGCAAGAGUAUCGUGGAUGGAGUUGCCGAGGUGCAGCGUCCGGAUGGCAGCUUCAGUGCCUGCGUCAAUGGCAGCGAGGAUGACAUGCGCUUCGUCUACUGUGCUGCCACCAUUUGUCACAUGCUCGACUAUUGGGGCAGCGUGAACAAGGAGUCCAUGUUUCAGUUUAUUAUGCGUAGCCUGCGCUACGAUUAUGGCUUCAGCCAGGAGCUGGAGGGUGAAGCCCAUGGAGGCACCACAUUUUGUGCGCUGGCUGCCCUCGAGUUGAGUGGCCAACUCGACCGACUGGAUGCGACGACUUUGGAGCGCAUUAAACGCUGGCUUGUCUUCCGACAAGUGGAUGGCUUCCAGGGUCGUCCCAAUAAACCAGUGGACACCUGUUACUCCUUCUGGAUUGGCGCCUCGCUGCGUAUUCUCAACGGUUUCGAGUUGACGGACUAUGCUGCGAAUCGGGAAUACAUCUUGAGCACACAGGACAAACUAAUUGGCGGCUUUGCCAAAUGGCCGCAGUCCUCACCAGAUCCAUUUCACACGUACCUCGGCCUCUGUGGUCUCGCCUUCACCGGGGAGCCGGGUCUCAACGCUGUCAUGCCCAGUCUGAACUUCUCGAUGGCUGCUCAUGCGCAUCUGAAGCAGUUGCACGAGCAUUGGAGGGCCAACAAUGGCCUCAGCCAUCUGAGUAUCGAUGGCAGCGGAGAUGCCACAGCAACAACGACGACGAAGAAGACUACCUCGAGUUCGCCUCUAAUAUCAGCACAAUGAUGGGAAAGAUGUUUGUUAACAAUGCACUAUGUAAAAGUAAACUAAUUGUACGCUUAUAAUAAGUAUUUUAUUUUGCUAAGAA